UGUUGUUGUCACGGGUGGUCGGUCUGGGAGAGCAAAGAUGGCGGCUCACUGGAGCAGUGAGAACGUGGUGGUGGAGUUCCGGGACUCGCAGGCAACUGCGAUGUCUGUGGACUCCCAGGGACAACUUGCUGUGCUUUCUGGGCGCCGCUUUCUGUACAUUGUGAACUUGGAGACACCCAACGACGGGCACCGAAAAAUCUCCCGGCAAAGCAAGUGGGACAUUGGCGCGGUGCAGUGGAACCCCCAUGAAAGCUACUCUCACUUUUUUGCUGCUUCUAGUAACCAGCGGGUGGACCUCUACCAGUGGAAGGACGGCAUCGGCGACAUUGGCACGUCCUUGCAGGGACAUACCCGAGUUAUCAGUGAUCUGGACUGGUCGGUGUUUGAACCGGAAGUACUGGUCACCAGCUCGAUUGACACCUACAUUUACAUCUGGGACAUCAAGGACACCAGGAAACCGGCAGUGUCGCUGUCCGCUGUGGCGGGCGCAUCACAGGUGAAGUGGAACAAAAAGAACGCAAACUGUCUGGCAACCAGUCAUGAUGGAGACGUGCGGAUCUGGGACCGGAGAAAACCAAGCACUGCGGUGGAAUACAUCGCUGCCCAUUUAUAUAAGAUCCAUGGACUGGACUGGCACCCAGACAAUGAAUACGUCCUAGCAACCUCCAGCCAAGACAACUCGGUCAAGUUCUGGGAUUCACGACAGCCCCGGAAGUUCCUGAGUGUCCUGGCCUGUCAGGUGCCUGUGUGGAAGGCGCGUUACACACCCUUUAGCAAUGGCCUGGUGACGGUCAUGGUCCCACAGCUGCGCAGAGAGAACAGUCUUCUGCUCUGGAACGUCUACGACCUUCACUCCCCAGUCCAUAUAUUUGUAGGACACGAUGAUGUGGUUCUUGAGUUCCAGUGGAGAAAGCAGAAGGAAGGACUGAAGGACUAUCAGUUGGUGACUUGGUCGAGGGACCAGACGCUGCGCAUGUGGAGGGUGGAUGCCCAGCUGCAGAGGCUGUGUGCUAAUGAUGACAUGGACCCAGUCGAUGAGAUGAUGGAUGGAUUAACCUUGAUGCCAGAGCAAGAAAAGUCCCUUCAGCCUCAAGAGCAGAUGUCUGUCCCCUCGGAAGAGGAGGUUGCAUUUGCCGAAGAAUCUCCAUCAACGCCGGUAAUGGUGGGCACCUCAGAGCAGCCCGGGCUCCCUCAGACUCUGCAGCAGGAGUUCUCCUUGAUAAAUGUGCAUAUCCGUAACGUCAACAUCGAGAUGGACGCCAUGAACCGGAGCUGCACUGUGUCUGUGCACUGCGGGAAUCACAGAGUCCGCUUGCUGGUCACGUUCCCAGUUCAGUAUCCCAAUAACGCAGCUCCGUCCUUCCAGUUUGUCCCUCCCACGACCAUCACAUCCGCCAUGAAAAUAAAGCUGCUGACCCUCCUGAGAGACACAUCUUUACAGAAAGUGAAGCGCAAUCAAAGCUGCCUGGAGCCCUGCCUGCGCCAACUGGUGUCCUGCCUGGAGAGCUUUGUGAACCAAGAGUCCAGUCCAUCCAGCAAUCCCUACACCAUGCAGAACCCUGUCACCCCACCACUGCCAACAUUCGCCCGGGUGACCAAUGCCUAUGGGUCUUACCAAGAUGCCAACAUCCCAUUUCCUCGGACGUCUGGUGCCCGCUUCUGUGGAGCAGGUUACCUGGUGUAUUUUACACGGCCAAUGACCAUGCACAGAGCCGUAUCGCCCACUGAACCCACUCCAAGAUCUCUCUCCGCCCUCUCCGCCUAUCACAGCGGGAUACUUGCACCCAUGAAAAUCCGCACAGAGGCUCAGGGGAACCUGCGCCUGUACAGCGGGAGCCCUACACGUAGUGAGAAGGAGCAAGUGUCCAUCAGCUCCUUUUAUUACAAAGAAAGGACGCCCCCCCUAUCUGCCCGCCGGCGCUGGUCCAUCCAAGUGAUUAACGACUUCCCGGUACUGUGCCAGAAAUCUCGUAGAUGGAAAUCCAAAAGAGAGAGCAGCGACUCCAGCUCUCGACCAAUCAAAGCAGCUGGGAAGGUUAUUAUCCAGGACAUCUCGUGUCUGCUGUCCGUGCAUAAGGCCCUGGGGGAGAUGUACAUACUGAACUGCGGGGACCUCCAGGAGAUGUGUCAGAAGAACGCAGCCUCUGCCCUGAGCGUGGGGCGUAGAGACCUGGUGCAGGUUUGGGCCUUAGCUGCUGCUGCUAAUGACGUAUGUCUAACACCCAAGUCUGACCCCGAUAUGGAGACCCCUUGGGCUAGUCACCCAUUUGGCCGCCAGCUGUUGGAAUCCCUACUGGCUCAUUACUGCCACCUACAUGAUGUCCAGACACUGGCCAUGCUGUGCAGCGUGUUUGAUGCCAGUCUUCACCCACAAGGCAACGGCAUGUUCUCUUGCCACCCUUUUCCUUCCCGCUCUACCCACAGCCGCUACCCCAGCUUCACAUCUUCUUGCUCUGGAUCCAGCAUGUCCGAUCCUGGCUACUGCAACAGCGGCUGGAGCAUCGGGGCUCAAGACAUGGACCACGGAGCACCAUGGGGAGACGCUUCUCCAGAUGAUUACCGAUACAGUAAUAUAAGCUAUGUGGAUCCUCGUGAACGUGAACGAGAACAGCAUGACAAGAAUAAAAGGAUUUUGGACCCAGUGAAUGCUCAACAGUUUGAUGACUUUAAGAAGUGUUAUGGGGAGAUCUUGUAUCGUUGGGGCCUGCAGGAGAAACGGGCCGAGGUCCUCAAGUUUGUCUACUGUCCACCUGAACCUCAUCGGGGUAUCGAAUUUGGUGUCUACUGCAGCCACUGCCGCAGCGAGGUGCGCGGAACGCAGUGCGCGAUCUGUAAGGGGUUCACCUUCCAGUGCGCCAUCUGCCACGUAGCCGUCCGGGGCUCCUCCAACUUCUGCUUGAGCUGCGGCCAUGGGGGACACACGGCGCACAUGCUGGAAUGGUUCAGCAAACAAGAGGUCUGCCCAACUGGCUGCGGCUGCCACUGCCUACUGGAGAGCACCUUCUGAUUGUCAGAUCGUUCCGCACAGGCUGCUUUACACCCGACUUGCUCAGGCUGGGCCUCAGGCGCCGUGGUUAUUAAGCCUCAGGAACAUCGGUGUCUAAUGCAUGGGCCAUUUUUUGCGGAGGCUGCUGUUCCAUGGGUACUGCCAAGACUUUUACAAGGUGAAGGCUUAGAACUACACACCAUGAGAGAACAGGAUACGUACCCCUUGGAAGUUAGGAAUUGAAAUUGGAUGCCUGAAGAUUAACUCGUUCUUCAGUGCGUUUAAUGAAAGUCUGCCCAGUUCGGAUGACUAGGAACUAGUGGCCUCCCCGAGGAACAAGGUACUAUAUGCCUUACUGAGGUCACUGAGCAAAUUGAUCGUACACACUUUACUAGCUACCUCAUUCUAUUCCUCAGCUAGCUUGUAUUCUGCAGGUUGACAAUAACCUGUGUGACAAACGCUGACCUUUCUGGACAUUCGUUGAAGUUUGAGAUGUUACGUCACCGUGAUGCUGCUGGGAUGCUUCUGUCAGACCAAAAGAAAGGUUUAAGCAACAUGUUGUAAGUGUAAGACAGCGACAGCAAAGUUUGGGUACAGAAACGAGAAAUGGCGUAUGGUUUCAGGGGCUUCACAACACAGUAGUCGGACAUUUGUGAAAUUUGGUGCAACUGUGCUGUAACACAGAGCAACCAAUAGGAGCUUUGCUUUGAUCUUCUGAGCUGGUCUAGCAAGAAUGGCAGAAUUUAAUUGGCUGUGGGUUGCAAACCUUUUUCUGCUCCAGGUUUCAUGCUUGGCUCUGGUGCGACCUGCCAUUGUAUUAAACAUUGCCGUGUUACAGAGGCCCUAUUGUGUCAAGAAGGUAAAGUUUUAUAUAAAUGGUUUAUUUAAAAUGUUUAAAUGUGAUAAAUAAAGAAAUGAAAGCA